AUGGCGUCCAUCUUUCGCUCCUUUGGGAGCUCCAACAUGUCCAAACGGCUGUUGCGAUACGCCCUCUCCAGGCUCGAGUUCCUCGAUACGGAUGCAUUAGACGUCGACAAAUUGGACCUGGAAUGGGGAAGGAACAACGUUCUCACGUUCCAGGAUGUCGGCAUCAAGCUGGAGGCAUACACCACAAGACUAACACAGCUCUCCGCACAGAAACUAGAGCAUCUACUCCAGCUCCCAACUUCAUUCAAACUUCAAAAAGCCAAAGUCCUAAAACUCCGCGUUACGAUACCGUCCGCCAUAUAUUCUAGCCCCAUACUCGUUGAUGUUGAUGGUGUGCAAGUCAAACUGAGAGUCGCUGCAGAGGACUCGCCGCGAGACGAGCCGAUACGCGGCCGGGGUAGAAAGUCCAAGUCCAGGGCCGAUGAAGAUGAACUCGUACCACAGGCGAUCGAUCUUGCACAAUCUUUUCUCGAUACGGAGCCCUCAAAGGAAAAGGCCGAAUUACAAGCAGCGCUAGAUGCUGAAAGUCAUGAUCUUGCCGCGUCUAUUGCUAGCACUAGCGAAGACGGCAGCGAUGACGACAGCCACAUGGGCACAGGACAACCUCUGUCUCUCCCUGUUUUCUUGGCCGACUUUCUGCAAGGCAUCGUUGAUCGGACACAGGUAUCCAUACGGGGAGUGAUAUUCGAGCUAGAUGUCGAGGUCCCCGUCGAGGUUCACUCGACUGUACCAGAGUUGGUCACUUUACAGCUGGCUGUCGACGACCUGAAUGUAGAGGGAGUCACCACGCAACUUGCUGGCCAAGAUGACGCAGCAGAGUUCAGAGAGGGCAAGCGCCGCAUCUCACUCAACAGGAUUCGAGCGUCUCUCAUAUCUGAAGCGAACGUCUUCUCCACACUCGCGCGAACUCCAUCUGUGCUCUCAUCUAUGCCAUCAUCUAUGCCAUCAUCUAUGCCAUCGUCGGUCGCCACAGGUUCGCCAGUGAUGGCAGCUCGGCACCCUCCGUUUGAAGAGGAUGACCCUCUGUCUCAUAGUAUCUAUGAACCAUUGGAUGAGUCGACAGAUCUGUCACAGAGCCAGUACUUUCCGAUGAUGGAUAGCGAGGAUGCCUUCAAUAUCCCAUAUGAAUUAAACAGCUCACAAGAUGAAGAUCACGCACAAGAGGACGCAAGAUCUGCUCCGUCAACUCCAAGAGCACUUGCUCCACAGAUUAGUCCGCCAUUCGAAGCACCUCAUCAUCAACCAGCCCAAUCAACUGUGCUGGCAGCGCCCGAUCGCUGGUCGGCCUUUGAAAGAGAUGCCCAUUCAGAACCGACGUUGGUGCCACAGGGAGAUUUGACUCUAGGCAACUAUCUGUCUCUGGAUAAUGGAUCAGCAAGCGAUGGGACUGCGUCGCCUCCGACUGAAGAUCUAACCCAGUCACAUAUCUUUAGUCACGAAGAAGCAGAGAGCAUGUACAUGAGCGCCUUUUCUCAUUCCGGCAAUGCGCAACCAUCCUCAACUAUGCCUGGAACUUGGGAUGACUCGGAGACGUCGAGCGCCGAAGGCACUCCCGAGAAGAAGGUGGAAAACAUGCCCGCCUCGAUCACUCAGGGCAUUGCAGGACCCUCUUUCGAACCACAAACUGCAACUUACGCCAGAGGACAGAGUCCUACAUCGGGCCAGGCAAGCCCGCUGUUUACUUCUCGCGAAGACUUGCAAACUAAGAACGAACAGCAGUCCGGCGUCUCCGGUGACACGGACGGAGCUGAGAAUCCAGGAGCGGCAGAAGGUGUAGUCACGCCUCGCGGACCAACGAGACUCGUGAAGGAAAUUAUAUCGCUCGCUGCUGUCUCGAUCUAUGUUCCAUCGAUUCAGAAUCAACCGCAGACUCCUACAUCUGCCGCAAAUACUGGUUCCACCAGCAGUCGUUAUGGUUUAGAUCGAUCCGUUGCUCCCAACAUCCCCGGCGCCUUUUCAGUGUACGGAACAACAUCGACAAUGGACACCCACUCGGGGCCCUCGAUGGCUUCGUCGAGCACAUCGCACAGCCUACCUCAGAAUAGUGUUCCACCUAAAGAUGACUCUAUCGAGGUUGUGCUAGCACCGGUGGAUGUUCGUUUCGAUGCGUCCAUCAGUUUCCUCCUGACCAUGGUCACUUCGAAAAUUAUGGCUCUACUUAAGGAGCAUGGAAGUGAAAAAACCUCCAAGCCCACUGUUUCAAAGCAAGCUGCUUCUCCCCAACCAGACAUAAAGAUAUUAGCACAACAGGUUUCGAUACAGUUCCUUGAGGCACUGGUUGGAAUUGCAGACACGCCAGAGCGGAUGCUGAACCCCAAUUCAGCUGCUUUCGGUACCGACGCACUGCUGACUGCCAGCCUCCAAAAUAUCAAAGUACAUGUCGAGAGGACUGACAAAGCUACUCAAACUUCUCUGGAUCUGGAGAAAUUCAGGUUCGGUUAUGCCAACGAUGACAUUCUCUCAUUCGAUCAGCGUCUACAAAUGCGAGCCUCCGUUCGAGAUGCAUUCCCAUCUGCUGGUUCCGAUAUUUCUCUCAAGAUAACCCAGACUGCAGAGGCAACACGGUGUCAGGUUCAGACCUUGCCUCUACACGUGAAACUCGAUUGCCGGAGAUUAGAUGAAACUUUCAGCUGGUUUGGCGGCUUGAGCAGCUUUCUCAACAUGGGAUCUUCUAUGACCUCGAAUACCUCGCCUGUCCCUCAAAGCCCCAUACGCACUGUCAAGAAAGCUCGUGGAGUGCGCUUUGAUGCGCCAAUCAAAGCCGAUGACAAGUCUGCAGCGCAAGACAACAAGGUCAAUAUUCGUGUCGGAGGGUUCCACUUGGACCUGAUAGGAAAAGAAUGCAGUGUUGCCUUGGAUACGAGUGCAGUAAAAGUGGUGACUCGAGAAGAAGGUGUUGGUAUUGGCAUCACCAAGAUACAACUCGCAGGACCUUUCCUCAGGAACUCGAUGGGUGAUCCGCCCAUCAACGCCACGGUCAUGAAUACUCGUAUUGAGUACUUGUUCUCGCCCACAGAUAACGAUCUCGAGCGACUGCUAGAACUCAUCAUUCCAUCAAAGAACAAAUUUGAUGAGAACGACGAUGAAAUCAUGGUGGAUACCCUGCUCAGGCAGAGGCGGAAAGGUGCUGUGGUGCGGUUGAAUCUGGACAAUGUAGAAGUUGGUGUCAAAAACGUGCAACAGCUCCAGUGCCUUCCAGGGUUGGGCGAAGAGGUUGCCCGCCUUGGCACUGUAGCCAAAUAUCUUCCCGAAGAUGACAAACCCGGUAUCCUGACAUUGGCCAUGAUUCGCAAUUGUAAUUUGUCAGUCCGUCUCGACAAACGCUUCGGGCACAUUCAAACCUCAUUCAAAGACGUUGAAGCCGGGCACAUUACCUUUCCCUCGCUCAUUGCAGUUGCACUCGGCGCCGCAUCAAUUCAUCGAAACGAGACAGAGGAAUUGCUUGGCUCUAGCCUUGGUAUGAAAAACAGCGGGCCGGUAUUCACUAUGCGGAUCAUCCCAGACGCGAUGGAACCGGUCAUCAAGCUUCGUCUGAGAAACUUGAACGUCGAGUAUCGAGUCCCAACUAUCAUGGACAUAUUGGAUCUCGCCGAAGACGCAACGCCACAGGACUAUGAGAUUCAGCUUGCAGCCUCUGUUGCUAAUCUGGGCGAGCAGGCCCACACUGCUAUUACAGGAAGAUCACCUGAAGCGGAGUUCGACAAAGGCAAGUCGAAUACAGGGAAGCCAACCAAGCUCGACGUCGUUUUUAGAGACUGUUUGAUUGGUUUGAACCCGUUGAAUCUGCAUUCCAAGUUGAUUCUUGCUUUGACGGAUGCUCGGCUGAAGGUGUCCCUCUCCAAGAGUGACCAAGCCGAUGCCGCAUUCCAUUUCAACAAAGGUUCGGUACUAUUGACGGAUAAUGUGGAAGCACUGGGCAGUCCUGCGCAUGCUUCUCGACGUCGUCCGUCGAAUUCUAGUUCAGACCAGAUUAUCGAAUUGUGUGCGCAAGGAUAUGUGGAUAUCUGUUUCAUAUCAGCUGCAAAGAUCAAUAUCCUCGCUGGAGCAAACGAGGACAAGUCAAAGUUCGUCGAUGUUGAAGUUCGUGACAAUCUAAUUGUCAUGGGAACUUGCGCAGACUCGACGCAAACACUGAUGGCACUGGCUAAUGCUCUGCAACCGCCGACCCCACCAAGCAAGAUUCCAAAGUAUCAAACAGCAGUUGUGCCCAUGCAGGACCUUCUAGCAUCAAUAUCGGCAGACGCCUUUGGCAAUGCUGAGGGCAAUUUUGAUUUUGAUGAUGACUUUGGACUAGCCCAGGAGCUUGGCGGCGAAGAUCUCGAAGGAGUCGAUCUCGGCGACUCCAGUCAAUCUAGCCCAUUGGAUGUCCAUUCUCAGUUCUACGAUGAGUCCUUGGAGGGCGAAGGACAUGAUCUAGUUGAUUCCGUCAUAUCAGGACACACCUCAUCGCAGGACACGAACGACGGCGUUCUUCUCACAAAUUUCAAUGAAAAUGACAAGGAUGACGACUCAGAUUUGGUUGUUCAUGAUGACUAUUUUGGCACCCAGUCUGUGAUUCACGGAUACGCACCAAAAUGGAAUUCGACCGCGAAUCGCUAUGAACAACCCAAAGACACCAGAUCCACAAGAUACCCCAUGACAGUACGAGUAAGGGAUGUGCAUUUCAUCUGGAACUUGUUUGACGGGUACGAUUGGACGCAUACUCGAGACGUGAUUACGAAAGCCGUCGAAGAGGUUGAGGCCAAAGCACUAGAGCGACGUGGGCGGUCGGAUCGCGUGCACGUAACUGCGGAUAUGGAGGCAAUGAUUGAUGAGGAAGAGACCGUCAUUGGGGACUUUCUAUUCAACUCCAUCUACAUUGGCGUUCCAGCCAAUCGCGACCCUCGAGAGCUUACGAGAAAUAUCAAUGAAGCCCUCAACGACAAUGCCACGGAAACGGAAUCAAUCGCCACCACAGCAAUGACUGCAACUCCUAGUCGGAUGGGCAGCAAGCGUACCAAGAAGAGGCUCAAGCUCGAACGCAGUAAGCGGCACAAGAUCACGUUUGAGCUGGAGGGUAUCAAUGUCGACAUUGCCAAUUUUGCGGAGGAUUCCGGAGAAACGCAAACCUCAAUCGACGUCAAGAUCAAGGAUGUGAAUGUCUUUGAUCAUGUGCCAACAUCAACAUGGAAGAAGUUUGCAACGUAUGACCAAGAUGCAGGCGAGCGAGAAAUGAAUACAAGCAUGGCGCACAUUGAGCUCCUCAAGGUCAAGCCACUCCAGGAGCUGUCGGCCACCGAGUUUGUCCUCAAGGCUACGCUUUUGCCACUGCGACUGCAUGUCGACCAGGAUGCUUUGGACUUUAUUACACGUUUCUUUGAGUUCAAAGAUCCAGAUGCGCCCGUGCAGGCAUCUGAGGCCGAUAAGCCUUUUAUUCAACGAGCCGAGGUCAAUUCCGUCCCGGUCAAGCUUGACUUCAAGCCAAAGCGCGUCGACUAUGCCGGUCUGAGGUCCGGGCACACUACUGAAUUCAUGAAUUUUCUGAUCUUGGACGAGGCACGCAUGGUCUUGAGACAUACCAUUGUAUAUGGCGUUUCUGGCUUUGACCGACUGGGCCAGAUGCUAAACGACAUCUGGAUGCCUGAAAUCAAGCGAAAUCAGUUGCCAGGCAUUCUAGCUGGACUUGCGCCGGUGCGUUCUCUGGUCAAUGUUGGCAGCGGUAUCAGAGACCUCAUUGAAAUACCCAUCAAGGAGUACAAGAAAGACGGCAAGAUUGUACGCAGCAUUGGUAAAGGUGCUGCUGCGUUUGCAAAGACUACUGGUACGGAGAUUGUGAAGCUCGGGGCCAAGGUUGCAGUAGGCACCCAGUAUGCUCUUCAAGGGGCCGAAGGUCUACUCGCCAAGCCGGGCCAGCAGGAAGGCGACUGGGAAGAUGAAGAGGCAGACAACGAGAACACCAAGCAAAUCAGCUUAUAUGCAGAGCAGCCGAGCGGUAUCUUCCAAGGCCUGAGAGGCGGCUACGUGAGCCUCAAACGUGACCUGAAUGUGGCUCGGGACGCCAUUAUUGCCAUUCCCGGCGCCGUACAGCAGAGCCAGAGUGCUCAAGAUGCCGCAAAGGCCGUGUUGAAACAUACACCGACUAUUGUUUUUAGGCCUCUGAUCGGUUCAAGCAGAGCCAUUGGACAGACCUUGAUGGGCGCAACCAAUUCAUUGGAUCCGCACAAUAGGAGGAGGAUUGAAGAGAAAUACAAACGGUAUUGA